GUUCCUGAUUGAUGAUGAACGCUGGGCGGCAAAGCAGCUGCAUUUUUGCAAGAUAUCGCUAUCAAUCAGAUAAUCAAAUAAAUGUCUAUAGACGAAUACGUUGCGUGUCGAUCCCCAAUAUACGGUUGACGUGCUGUUAAAUGUUGAUAAAGACAGCUUGCAGAAGAGGAACUUCGAGCCGUUGAGACCUUGUAAACCGGGGCACAAGGGUCAGAUGGAGGUCGUGCCAGUAACACUAGAGCUAAUAGUUUGCAUCAGUUCUGUGCGUCUUUUACUUCCAGGAGAUCUGAUGCCUUUGGACAACCGCCAGAAUGUGUUCAAAAUGAUUCAGAUUGAGCAGAACCUGAAAGCAUCUAAACAAGAACUAAAGAAGGCAAAGAGUCUUCUUCAGCUGGAUGAACUGAAACGCCGUAAACGUGUACUGCGUCGUCUUGGUUACGCUGAUCCGCAGGAUGUAAUCACAUUCAAAGGGCGUGUCGCCUGCGAAAUCAGCGCCGCCGACGAAUUGGUGUUGACGGAAAUGUUGUUCAACGGCACUUUCAACGACCUUACUGUGUCUCAAUGCACGGCUCUCCUGUCAUGUCUGGUUUUUCAAGAAAACGCGGAGCUUCCGAAACUUAUCGAGGAACUCACCGGUAUUCUUCGUCAGAUGCAGGAAAUCGCCCGCCGCAUCGCUAAAGUUACGCUAGAGGCAAAAUUACCCGUCGACGAAAACGAAUACGUGGAAAGUUUCAAGCCGCACUUGAUGGAUGUGGUAUAUUCUUGGACUAACGGGGCCAGUUUCGCAAAUAUUUGUGAAAUGACUCAAAUUUUCGAAGGUAGCAUUAUAAGGUGUAUGCGUCGACUUGAAGAACUGCUCAGGGAGAUGUGCUCCGCAUCAAAGGCGAUGGGCAGCGCAGAUCUUGAAAAUAAGUUUUCUGAAGGCGUUAGAAGGAUAAAGCGUGACAUCAUAUUCGCCGCCAGUUUGUAUCUAUAA